AUGCACUUGUACAAGCCUUCCUGUGCUGACAUCCCAACCCACAAGCCGGCCCUGCAGAAAGCCAGCGAAGCACCGCUGCGGGGCAAAAAGCCGAGCGUGGCCCCCAGAGACCAUCCUACAGCUGGGGCAGGGAGAGCGAGUGGGGCCAGCGAGCGGAGGCAGCUGGAGAGGUUCCUCCACCUCCACGGGCUGUCACUGCACGAGAGCGUCCAGGCGCAGGCGGGGAUGGUGUACAGGAACCUUGGCAAGUCUGGACUACGUGUUUCGUGCCUCGGCCUGGGGACGUGGGUGACUUUUGGAGGUCAAAUCUCAGAUGAGGUGGCCGAGCAGCUGAUGACCAUCGCCUACGAGAGUGGUGUCAACCUCUUCGACACAGCUGAGGUGUAUGCGGCGGGCAAGGCUGAGGUCAUCUUGGGGAACAUCCUCAAGAAGAAGGGCUGGAGGCGCUCCAGUCUGGUCAUCACAACAAAGCUGUACUGGGGCGGAAAGGCUGAAACAGAGAGAGGGCUCUCGAGGAAGCACAUCAUUGAAGGGCUGAGGGCCUCCCUGCAGCGCCUGCAGCUGGAAUACGUGGAUGUGGUCUUUGCCAACCGCCCGGACAACAACACCCCCAUGGAAGAAAUCGUCCGAGCAAUGACACAUGUCAUCAACCAGGGCAUGGCCAUGUACUGGGGAACGUCACGCUGGAGUGCUAUGGAGAUCAUGGAAGCCUACUCUGUGGCCCGGCAGUUCAACAUGAUACCGCCCGUGUGCGAGCAGGCUGAGUACCACCUCUUCCAAAGGGAGAAAGUGGAGGUUCAGCUGCCAGAACUGUACCACAAAAUAGGGGUGGGUGCCAUGACGUGGUCUCCCCUCGCCUGCGGGAUCAUCUCAGGGAAAUACGGCAACGGCGUCCCCGAAAGCUCAAGGGCUGCCCUGAAGUGCUACCAGUGGCUGAAAGAAAAAAUCAUAAGCGAGGAGGGAAGGAAGCAGCAGACGAAGCUGAAGGAUCUCUCGCCCAUUGCAGAGCGCCUUGGCUGCACACUACCUCAGCUAGCAGUCGCGUGGUGUCUGAGGAACGAGGGGGUGAGCUCUGUCCUUCUAGGAUCUUCCAAUCCAGAGCAGCUGAUCGAGAACCUCGGAGCCAUACAGGUUCUUCCAAAGAUGACAUCACAUAUUGUAAAUGAAAUAGAUAACAUACUGGGAAAUAAGCCCUACAGCAAGAAGGACUACAGAUCAUAAUGCAAUGCAUGAAUCACCUGGACUGCAUGGUUUGAUAAGUGCUCUGUACAGAAGUCCUGAGUUACUGUCGGGUCAUUAGAAUCAUUCAGCAGCUUGCUGCUCAGUGCCGGCUCCUUCCAGGUGUGCCACCAUUGCUACCAAUCCGCAGUGAAAUCUAAAAGCACAGUCGAUCUCCUUUACAAGCAAGAAUAAUCUUGCAUUUUCUUACCUUCGACCGACUUCAUUGAUUUUUACUUUUCUCUUAGCACUUCAUGCUUGUGCUGUGAAAAACAGAUGUAAAGCAAAAAAGAAUUUGUAACCUUCAGGUACUCGGUAAUUAAAGAAGGAUGUACAGAUAUAUUUUUUCAAUGAAGAAAAGCCAGAUACAACUUAAGGUUUUAAUAAAACCACGUUUGGGAAAUCUCAACCACAGAGUUUCUUCAGCCAGGUUGAGAGGCAGAAUGGGUAAGUUCAAAUUUUCCACUCGCUUUUUUAUGCUGAACACACACCAUAGAUUUCUGUUUGUAACUGAGUAACGGACUUAAGUUGGAGAACUGAUUAGA